CGUAUUAUACGUUUUGACGAUGUUGUUGAUUUUAUUCGGGGUAAGAAAAUGAAAGAGGAAUCUGUUGCUUCUUUUUCACGAAUGUAAAACACUGCAGGAAGAGAUUGAGGUAUCAAAUCGUUGAUUUUACAUACAAGCAAAGAUUUGUAAGCUAGGUAUCAAAACGCAUUUUAAUCCAAGAGAGAUCACUGCUUCAUAUCUGAAGUAUUUGUUAAACUGCUCUCCGAUCAAAAUGAGCUUAAGAAUUCUUAUUACAAUCAUACUAUAUUUAACUGAUCUGACCAGCUACGGGUACGCAAGCUCAUCUGGAUUCUACAUCGACAACGGUCAGGGUCAAACGGUUCGUGAAACCACCAUUACGCCUCAGGAUCGUCAGGAGAUCGAGCAUGAAAUCUUAGAUUUGCUGGGACUGCCAGAUAGACCCAACAAGGAGCACAUUCAUCCAUCAUUACGAAAGUCAGCUCCACAGUUUUUGCUGAACAUCUACCUCAAAUUUUCCGAAGAAGUCAACGAAGAACGCAGAAGCAGGCGUAUUGCCAGGAAUGCCUUGUACAGCAAUUCCGAUCUGUUCACGGAAGCGGAUCAACGGGCGAUCGAGGAGAGCGACUGGAUUAUGACCUUCCUGAACAAAGGUCAUGUGAAUAUGCCUAAGGUAAGACAUCAUAGGUAUGGAGAGCGCUUGGUGUUCGAUACAAGCGAAGCGGCAGCCAAUGGGACACUGCUUUUGUAUGCCAGUUUGAAGAUUUAUAAGAAUUUCACCGGAGAUCAUGCCAACGCGAUCACAAACGGCAGAUUAAUUACCAUCAGGACUUCGUUGAUCAAAAGUUACGAUACUGACCGAAAGUUUCAUGAAUUAGAUUUUUUAGCGGAACACAUUGUGCAAUACAGCUAUCGUGGGUGGAUUGAAAUAAAUGCCACUAAUAUGAUGGACCGUUGGAUGGCUGAGUCUAUGAAAAAUAAAGGUAUCUUUGUUGAGGUCUUCUUUUCGGAAAAUCCGCAGAAACAGGUAAGGCCGCAAGAUGUCGGUCUGAUUCUUUCGAAUAAGUUCGGUCGUUACCAACCCUUCUUGGUCAGCUAUUACAAGGGCCGUGACUUGGUCAAACCGACUCCGCACGUGACUCGAUCUAAGCGUAGCGUCGGAGCCGCAAAUCAACGAAAGAAACCUUACAAAAAGUCCGUCCGACCACGUAACCCUCUGCUGGAGAAAUGGGCGCUGAAAGAAAAGAGCUGCCAGAUCCACACGCUGUACGUUAGCUUCCGGGAGUUGAACUGGCAAGACUGGAUCAUUGCGCCGGAUGGCUUUGGAGCGUUCUUCUGUCAUGGCGAGUGUAAUUUUCCGCUGAAAUCACACAUGAAUGCCACCAACCAUGCGCUCAUACAGACGCUGGUGCAUCUGAUGCAUCCAGGCAGUGUUCCCAAACCGUGCUGCGCGCCGACGAAGCUCACGCCGAUCUCGGUGCUGUACCACAUCGACGACGCCAACAUCAACCUGAAGAAGUACAAAAAUAUGGUGGUCAAAAGCUGUGGAUGCCUGUGAUUGGGUUUCGGAUUAUAGUGAAAUAAAUUCUAGGUAAAGCAAAUAGUUCAAUGUCAUGUUUUCAUUUAUUACCUAGAUUCGAUUACAAUAAAAUGACCUUGCUUUAUAUAAUAUAAAUCUUUUGCUUCAAGUUCUCCAUAUACUAUAUAUUGUACCGAUUAAGCUUAUGUAAGUGUUUCCAACUGAAGUUGAAUAAAGUCGAUCGAUGAUUUUGUCAAACUUAUACUGCGGUUCAAUGCGUUCUCACUCGUUUUCUUUUUGAAGCAAUUCCACAAUGUGCUGUGAGUAUAGUUUCAACCCCUCUGUUGGUAGAAGUUCUUCUCAUUUAAAUUUUGUUUAUAAUAGUUUUACCGCCUCUUAUUUCUCGUGAUCAACUGGUAGAUUUUUUUUUCGGUAAGAUGAUUUUUCAAAUCAUAAAAAGAAAAGAUAUGUUUUUAUGGUUAUGGUUAUGAUAUGAGGUUUUCAAUUUAAAAAAUAGAAAAAUGAAAUGGAUCAAACAUCAUGAAGUAAUCUCCCUUCGAGUAAUCAAAGCUCAUGAUACAUUUUUCGAUUAGAGGGCUACGGUAGUACCACAGACAAACAGACGUAACACUUAGAACAAAUUUAUUAAAAAAUCAUCGCUCAGUUACACUAGCACCUGCUGGUAAUGAUAUUGCUCGAAGCACUGAGCUUUGCAAUAUCGUCAACAGCCGGCGCUAGUGUGAAACGUCAAACGCGAACAAAAACGAUGCGCGCGCCUCUGGUUGUGAAAGUAACAACUGCGGAAAUUUAAAAUUAUCGUUAAAGCCGUGGGCGAUGAAAAUUUCGUCAGUAUUACGUUUGUUUGUCUGUGGUAAUAUACAGAAAAAAACAGACGUAACACUGACUCUGCGGUCUCUGCGGUGUUAAAUAAAAGUUAGUGAAACCAGAAUUUACAACUUGAUUACAACGGUCUCCAAAAAAAAAUCUUCCAAAUCAAAUCAUCAUGUUAUACAGAUUAUUUCAGAAAAUCUUUCAUGUGUUCCUCCAGAAGUUUCACAAAGAAUUCUUUUAUGAAAACUGACAUGAAUUGCUUCACCAAAUCCUCCAUGAGAUUGUUUGAGAAAUUCGCCCAGAGAUUACUUGAGAAAUUUCUCUGGAUAUUUAUUCAACAAUUUCUCUUGGCAUUCGUUUGAAGAAUUUUCUUUCAAAAAUCUACCAAGAAUUUUUCAGAAAGAAUUCUUCCAAAGCAUCUUGUAUGAUUUUCUUUUAAAACUCCUCCAUUUCUUCCAAAAAAAAUAUAUCUGAAUUUGAGCAGAAAUUUCUCCAGGGAUUUUGUCAAAAAAUCGUUCUGAAUUACUUCAGAAAUUUCUGCAGAGAUUCCAUUAAUAAAAGUUUCAGCAAUGUCUUCUGAAAUUAUUCCGCAGUUUUUUUUUUUCAGAAAAUGUUUCAAAAACUUGUGUUGGGGUUACUUCUUCCAAGGAUUUUCCAAAUGCACUAGAGAAUCAGAAGUUUCACAACGAGGUUUGUAAGAAAGUUGUGUAUGAGUUUCUGUAGAAAUUCUUCCAGGGAUUUCUUUAGAAAAUGCUUCAAAUAUUUAUCCUAUUUUUCGGGACUUUUCUAAGUUUUUUUUUCGAAAAAUCUUUUGGAUAUUCCUUUAGGCAUUCUCUUAAACAUUCUUCCAAGAAUUUAUUCCGAAACUUUCUCCGGGGUUUGCUUUAGAAAUGGCUUCAGAGAUUUUUUUUUUGAAAAUGCGCCAGAAAAUCUCUCUGGGAUUUCUUUAGAAAUUCCUUUAGAGACUUUAAUAAAAUGGAAGAUACAUCCGGGAACCUUCAAGGAUUUUUUUCAGAAAAUCUCCCAUGGGUCGCAUUAUAACUUUGACUACUGUUUUCUUUAGAAA